GAGUCAAUUCAGACAAUCAAUCACUCUCCCACGCCCGGUUUUGGCUACAUGUUAUCCCAAAUCAAUUUCCUGGGCAUUAACACUUGCGGGAUCCCACAGCAGAUGUCCAGUUCAGGUCACGGUUUGUUGGCUCUUCCCCGCAGGCAUCACCGGCAAUAGACUCCGUCAUUGCUUGUAUGUCCGCGCGGUGCGCCCCUUAAGCCUAUAGGCACGAGGCUAUGGGCCAUCGGCGACAGGUUAAAUAGUCGACGAGUUCGAUCCGAGCACGCCUCCUGUUCCCUUACCCCUCCUCCGAAUACCCUUUACCAUGGACAUGCUUAAGGGCACUCUGUCCACGUUUGGCAUGGGUGGUGCCAAUGCCAUUCAAGAUACUCUCAAACUGGUGGUCAUAGGCGGAACAGUUGAGACAGCGAGACGGGCGUCUGUCUCUGCAUGGAACAGCUUUGUGGACUCAUUCUUCCUCACUGCGCAUUUCAGCCAAGAUGAUUACCCGUAUGACUGGCUGAUGCACUGGUUGUCAAAGCAACCAGCCUGGGGGCGCAGCCGCGAAUUCGAAAUCACUACGCGCUCAGUUGGUCGCUCCGGCAUGACUCAAUCGACAUCGGGCGACGUGGAAGAGGAAGAGGAGGAGUUGGUCGAUGAUGACGACGAGGCUCUCAUUCAAGGCCGGAAAAAGCGCCGCAUUACCUUCAUGCCGCAUUUGGAUACUACCCACACCAUUUAUUACCGUGGCCACUGGCUUCGGAUAACACGGUCGAAACGAUACCCAGACUACGGACAUGGAGCCAUGCUCAAGAUUAGCGUUGUCGCCCGAAGCAAUGAUAUCCUCAAGCAGCUCGUGUUGGAAGCAAAGCGCGAGUACGAGAAGGAUGCCGAACACCGAGUCCACAUCUUUAUGGCCGACACCAACUUCGGCUGCUGGCGAUGGAACGGCGCCCGACAGAAGCGACCGAUGAGCUCCAUUGUGUUGCAGCCCGGCGUCAAGGAUAUGCUCCUCGCUGAUUGUAAGGAUUUCUUGCGUUCCGAAGAUUGGUACGCUGAAAGAGGAAUCCCAUUCCGACGCGGGUAUCUGCUGCAUGGUGUUCCUGGAAGCGGGAAGACAUCGUUGAUACACUCACUGGCCGGAGAACUAGGCCUUGACAUAUAUGUCGUCAGCCUAUCAUCGAAAGGAAUGAGUGAUAACACAUUAGCGACGUUGAUGGGCAACGUACCUUCCAGAUGCAUACUCCUCCUCGAGGAUCUGGACGCGGCAUUCACGCGUUCUGUCAGCCGCGACUCUUCGUCUACCGGUGCGCCCAACCCGGUGAAUCCUUUCGGCCUCAGCGGGAGCAGCAAUAACAACGACACCAACGACGGAUCUACGCUGAGUUUGAGUGGCCUAUUGAACAGUCUUGACGGUGUUGCCGCGGCGGAAGGCCGGUUGCUGUUCGCCACGACGAAUCACCUCGAGCGCCUCGACCCGGCUCUCAGCCGUCCGGGACGAAUGGACGUGUGGGUCAACUUUACCCACGCUACCAAGUGGCAGGCCGAGGGGAUCUUCAAAUGCUUCUUCCAGAGCCAACCUUUACCUAAGGGCUCCGAGGCGCCAAAGGACAAGGGAAAGGAAAGGGAAAGGGAAAAGGAGCCAGACGUGUCGCAGAAGAACAUGCCCGGCUCCGGGCCGGAGCGCAAGUCUGGCCUUUUGGUUCCCGUGCUGGAGGAAGAGGAUAUUGCCGCCCUGGCGAAGGGGUUCGCAGACGCGAUUCCCGAAAACGAGCUCAGCGUCGCCGCGCUGCAGGGAUACCUUCUCAAGAACAAGCUCCGGCCUCGUGAGUGCGUGGAUGAGGUGGCGGAAUGGGUAGUGCAGGAGCGCGAGAUGCGAGAGAAGCUGAAGAGAGAAAAAGCCGAGCGUGAGGCCCAAGAGAGGAAGGAGGCGGAAGAGAGAGAACGUAAAGAGAGGGAAGAGCGCCUCGCUAAAGAGCUGGAGGAGAAGGAGCUCAAACAGAAACUCGAACGUAAAGAGUCGCGCUCGAAGGCGAAGAAGGCAUCCCGCGCUCCACCACCAGACUCCGCAAAGCAAGAAUCUUCAUCACAGCUACCAGCGGCUAUCACUCCAUCGUCAGACUCUUCGGCGAGCUCGUCCGAAUCGGAGAACAGCACAGGCAUCGAGGCAGAUACGGAGGAGAGCAUCACGUCGGAGGAGGAAUCCGACAAGGUCAAGUCGGGCGAGAGCAAUAGCAGCAAGUCCGCGGGCGGAAAAGAGCCCUGGGUCUCCAUCAAGGGGCAGCCAACACCUGUCGUGCCUCCUGCCCCUGCACCUAAUGCGUCGCCUGCGUCAUCGGAUCCUUGUUGAUGAACCUCUCUUGAUUUACUUUUUUGCUUUGCUGCACUCCGCUUUGCACGUUUGCGUUCGCCUUUGCCUGCGCUUCUUUCUGGUUGGAUCCGUGGUUCACGGUGUUUCAUAUGGCUCACGGCGUUCUUGGAUAUUGUCCCUUCUGGAGUUCCGCAUUCUAUCAACAACGCAUUCUCUCGUUUCUUGCCAUCAUGACGUACUUAGACACGCAGCGUCGAAUCCUGUAUUCUCAGCCUCGCAUAGUUGUACCUAACCCGGCCCUCCAAAUUAUUAUUUCGU